CUCCAAGCCGACACCGUGUAACGAGUACGAGAAUGAUGGCAGCAUUGUCUCCCUCGAGCUCGCCUCGUCUACCAAGCCCGCCCCCAAUCGCAGAAGACCAGAUAGGACCGAAGUCACCAACAGGCGCCCAAGCCGAACAACAGGCCAAGCUGUUCAGCAUAGUAGACCAUGGCGCGUCUAGGAGGAUACGACCGGGAACAAAGGCGGAGGAUAUGACUGAAGGCCCUCCUCUGGUGGACUUGACAGAAAUAGACUCCGCCUUCCAGCUGACCGAGCACCUCAAAGCCCUCCACAAUGUCCUCACGCAUCCGAUAGGCACAAACACUACAAUUCCCAUCGACAAGACCAUGGCUACGCGGCUCGCCCACCCCCCGGAGGGCGUCGAUAAGUCGCUGUGGCUCUACGAACUCUGCCGCUUCCUCACGCAGAAAGCAAACUCGAUCAUCAUCGCCCUCUUCUCCGACAGCCCGCCCUGCUCCUCCCACACCUGCCCCGAGAUGCGCGCCUCGGAAUGGCAAUAUCUCUGCGCGGUUCACGACCCACCCAAGUCGUGCUGCGCAAUCGACUACUGCUGCCAUACACUCGACUGGGCCGCUAAUACGCUCACAUCGCCCAAACACUUCCCAUCGCGGUUGGCGCUUGGGACUGAGGCUAGCACGGCGCAUCAGCAGGUGCGACAGCUUACCAAUAUAUUUAGAAGGGUCUACCGCAUCUUUGCACACGCGUGGUUCCAGCACCGAGAGGUGUUCUGGAAAGUUGAGAGCCGGACAGGCCUCUAUAUCUUCUUCAAGACGGUCUGCGACGUCUACAGCUUGAUUCCAGAGGAUAACUUUACCAUUCCGCCGGACGCGGAAGGAGUGGAGUCGACGUCCACGGCGGCGCCAAGCACGGUUGCGUCAAUAUACGUGCGGGACGAUGAGAACAGGGUCGUGGACGAAGAGAAGCUAGAGCCGCCUGCUUCGGAAAAGGAAACGCAACCCGGAAACACUACAAAGCGCAUGCACAGACACACCCCGUCGGUCGGUGUGACGGUCGUUUCAACCGUUGUUGAGGAGAACGAGGAUGAGGAAGAGAACCCAACAGCACAGAGACAAGCGGCCGCAGAACCGAAAUCGGAACCAGAUAACCGCCCCGUACCUGAGGAGCUAGAGCCAGGAGAGGAGCAAAUCGAGCCGCCGACCCCCAUGACGGCAAUCGAAGCCUCGGGAGAUCAAGACCAAGAUCCUGCAGAGCCCGAAAACAAGGUGCAGCUUGCCCCAACGCCAGAACCCGAGCCAGAGGUCGUUGAAAACCCUGCCGCGGAGGCGGAACAGCAACCGCUGUCCGAGACGGCAGAUCCGCUGCCGAAAGCGGAAGAACACGAUGAGAGUGGGGUCGCAGACGCGGAACAAGCGCCUGUCGCACCAGUGGCGGCGGAAGCGGAGGACGAGAAGGGAGAGAAGGCCGAGGUCGUGGCAACGACAGUGGAGCAUGUGGAGACGAAAGAUGAGGCGGCUGAGGUGAAGACAGACGAUGUGUGAGCUGUUCCUAUUGCCCUCUUGGGAUGGGGACAUGUAAUAGUAUUACCGGGAUGCUUGGUAGAUGCAAUGCUGUUACUAGGGAUUCUAAGGUUGUGGCGCUUGAGCGCUUGAUGAACAUUCUUCGGAGCCUUUGAUACCACGUCAAGUCAGCUUCUGGUAUAUAGAAUGUUUUGUAUAAGUACGGCAUUGUUUGAGGGCUGAUCACAUCUUGUCUAGUCUAAUGCGCGUUAGGCGUUUUUGUGUAAUAUGAUGAGAUUGUGA